AUGGCUUUCACAUCACACACAGGCUGUUCGAGGACAAGAUGUUUGCGCUCUGCGAAGGUUUUGAGGCACUCGAGGGCCCAGAGGGUAUGUCUUGUCCUGGCCACCCUCUUCGGCUGCACUCUACUUGAGUUUUUCGGCAUCGCCUUCGCUGGUUACCCACCAGCCCAACAAGUACCACAGGCCGUGCAGCGCAGCAUGACCGUGGCCCGCCCAUCCCAAAGUGAGGAUGCAGCGGAGCCUGCGGAAGAGCUGCGACAGCAAAGGGCAGCGGAGAGUGUCUCAGCGCUGAAGGCAGCUGCCGACAAGGGGGACUUUGGCGAACUUCUGGGAGCAUUGGGGCUUCCGCUGUGGCUGGUGCCGGCGAUUGAGGUUGUGAUUGCAGUCCUAGAACUUGCCCUGGUCUACUUCGGCGCCAAGUUGCUGCCUCCGGAGUGGUUCGGCUUCCUGCCAGCUGAUGUCCGGUCUUUCCUGCAGAUCGGAGUGAGCCCGCAGUGA